AUGAGUUCAAUCCAGUCGCUCGGCCUCCAUGAGCCCAGCGCUCUACCCUACCUCGUUGCCGCUUCGAUCCUCCCCACUGAUCCUCCCACUUCACUAUACAGAUGGACACUCUCACGGGUGUACGACGAAAAUGCCUCGAGUUUUGUGGAAGAAGAGAUUCUUAUGACAGAACACUGUGUGGUGUGGUCCAGGAACGGUGCAAUUGAAAGAGCGCUGAACCUCAGUGUCGAGGGCGAGACGAUUCUGCAUGCUUUGGUCGCUAAGUUUGGCCCACCUGGAGAUAUCGAAGAGAACAGUCAACAGCAGCAUAAAAACGGCAGGCCAUUAGAGCGUGGACUGGUGGUGGUGUUCAAGACUCAAGUUCAUAUAUUCCUUCUCUCCGGCGACAGCUAUGUCUUCCCUCUCUCCUUUGAGGUUGAUUCUGCGUUUCCUUUACCGUCUGGAUUCAUUCUACAGCGGAAGCUAGGGGAGAUGGAGUCUGGUGGCUACGUUGAGCACGUCCAUCACGACCUCAGCACUAUCAACGAAACUCUGACUUCUAUCGGUGGCAACAGCUCGAGACCGUCGCUGAUCUUGCCAGAAAAGCGGCCCUCAGACCCUAGACUGGCGCCAUCCAAUGCCAAUGGCAUGCCCCGGACCUUUUCAUUGACUAAGAUCAUGUCCGAGUUAGGGCUUGUGGUGUGGAGCCCUAGUCGGAAAGGUGAAGGUCUUGAACAAUGCGGUGCACUUCCUCGCUCUGAGAAGGUGAUUUUCAUCUCUGCUGGUGACGAAUUCGGGUCUGGAAGCGCGAGCGAUCGACCUAUCUGCAUGGCCUUGACCCUCAAUGAAAGAAAUGCUUCCUUCACACUCUGGCAUGUGAGCGGAGACGUCAUGACCGAGAAACACAAACAACGAAGUGAGAAAGAAGCCAACACCAAAUCUCGCGCGGCUUUGAGGAAGAGUUCAAACGUCUAUGGCCGGGACCCUAGUAAUCUCAGGGAAAGCCUUUUGGGUUCCCGCCCUCCGCAUCCAGAGGGCGGGCCAUUCUCGUCUUUAGAAGAACAGAAAUCCUUUCCAGCAAAUGACCUUGCUUCUCAACUGGGGCCUGAAUUCGGCGAUGUUGGGGUGCAAACGCGGUCGGCCCGUAGAGUCAGCUCCAUGCUGGCACGAACAGAUUUGGCUUCCGCAGCGGAUCGAAACACGUUCAACGACCUAGCAAUGGGUCACGCGGGCCGACAGAGUCUGAACAGGGCUGGCAGGCGAGGCGAAUCAAUCGGCAGUUUUAAUGAGCGGCAGAGCUUUGGUUUUCGACGGAGAAGCUCUUUCCCGACAAAUACAUCUAUUUUCAGUACCGGCACCUCGUUCCUAGACAUCUCAGCCCGAGGACUAUUAGAAGAAUUUGACCCCUUGCGGCAGUCUAUGCGUCUAGAAGACGAUACUUUCGACGGCUCGGAAACCAAUCUUCCCAGAGAUGUCGGAUUCUUCAAAGUCAAAAGUUUUCCGCGCCGACAGUCAUCUACGGAGCCCGACUCCGCUUUUGACGUGAAGGUUCUACCGCUGAGCACUGGUAGUGCCUUCGUGCAGGAUGGUGAGCGAACAAGGGACGUCUACCUCUGCGUAAUGGACAAGAGCGCCCAGGAGAUGACCAUAGUUAGGGUUCUGGUGAAAAAACACAUCCACGGCAACGCACGAAAGUCGACCAUCUCCAAAUAUUCGUUUGAGCUCAAAGUGGCCGAAAUUCGCAGAUUGGCUGGCAUUAAGGACGCAUGCACGGUCGUGGACAGAUCUAUCCAGCGACUAGUCGUCUUAACACAGUCCCGGACGCAAAUUACUGGCUUGCAGCUCGAAGCGCCGUGGUCUCCAUCCUUCCAACUCGGACUUCCUGUACAAUACGCAAUUUACGAUCCAUUUCUGAGCUCCCAGUCAUCCAGUUCGAGAAAGGACAAAGACACAGGAAUCAGGAGAGUCAUACCGGGAACAGAUGUACAAAUUCAAGCCCUAUUCGAUUCAGGAAUUCAAGCACAGAUUUACGCCGUUGACCAAGACAAGCGCCGACAUACAUUGGGGAUCCGACUUGCUCCUCGAGAUCCUCUCGUGCACAAGAUUCUCAAAAUGUGUGACAUGGUGCUUGGCCCGAACCAACAGGAAAGCCUUCUCGUUACGUUUUGGGAGGUUUCGAGGUGGCUGAAAGGCAGGAAACCACCAGUAAACUCUGAAUGGACUGCCCUGGUGGUAGUGCUCUUCUCCCUGGCAGUGCCUUUCAUUAGCAAUCAACAUUCUCAGUCUACACCCACGCGGCGUCGGACCAAAAAUGCUCUUCUUCGCUCCAGCAGUGGAAGUGCCAUCGACCUUACGAAUUAUGAACUCAUGCAUCACGCAGAUAACGAAAUGCCCCAGAAAUUCGGAAUGCAAGGGCCUGCUUGGGGGUGGAUGUCGGAGAAGUCCCUUGAACCGACAAUAGUCACGCCAAAAUCAAAGCACUCCCGAGCAGCAAGCAUGGCCUCUCUCCAAGAGGGUUCCUCCGAUAAAAGAAACGCCUUUUUGAUUGCAUGUAUAGCUCUAGCAAGAGAGUAUACGCAAACUCCGCUAGGAGAAAGUGCUCUUGGACCGGAGGGAUAUUUGCCGACCUCGAUCAACAAGGAACGAGAGCAACGUUGCAAUGCUAUACCCAGUAUUUUACUCGGUUUGCAUCUCCUUUAUGAGGAAGACAAACUCAAUACAAUGUCUAACCCUGGUCGGAGGAGGUCAAGAAGCGGCUUGGUGAUUGUUCUUGCUCAGCUGGGGCAUUGGCUUGGAUGGGAAGACUGGACGUCUCGUAGCAAUGCCUACUAUGAACAUGAAUCGGCGGAAGCCACCAAUUGUUUAUACGACGAAUCGCUCCUUGACGGUCUGCGAAUUCCAGGACAACCAUUUCCGCCGCCGUCAAUAUACGAACACCUUGAGAGGUGGAUAAACGGAUUCGCACCCGCUCCGUUUUUGACGUUGGCUCGUGUUUCCGGUUUGCCAGAGCUGAGCGACCAUGAACAUCUACUAUGGUGGCAGGCAGCGAACCUGACGCCACGAACGUUGGCUCUUCUGUCCUUCAUGGAUCAAGCAAAGGAUCAGCUCAGUCCCCACAGAGCAAUCGCGGCCCUGCUUCAAUCAGGGGUUAGUGAGCGCAUUCUGAGCACUCUUCCUGACGGAGUAGCUGCUGCUUUCUAUCAAGCAAUUGCAUCGAACCGCUACAGGGCCGACAAAGUUGGCAACCUUGUAAAUCAGCUUAUCCUGGGACGAAAUGCUGUAGUUCAACAAGCUGAUGAUUCGUCCCACCAUUCAUACAAAUCACAAUUGUUACCGUCGUCACACGAAGCUCUGAAGGACUAUCACGCCAUCUGCUCAUCUGCAGUUGAGGCUGAAACGCUUCAAAGAUGGGACGCGUCUUCCGAGGCAGACCGACAUGUUAUCAGCAAAUUGAUAUUCAACGAGGACCGUCGCUUCACAGAAGCUUCCAGACUUGUCAAUCAGACAAGGCCUCCAGUAGUUGAAUGCACACCUGAGCCUGGCUGGAGCGAUGUCGACUUGUUAGAAGCACAAAAAGAACUAGCCCAACAUGUCACCCGCAGGACGUUAUCUGUGGCUGCAGGACGAGGAAUGAUGCAUUUCAAUGCUCGUGUCCCCUUGCUCACUGAAAGGGUUCCCAUACCUGCUUUCAGUCUGCAAUGUAUCAUGAAACCUCGGGAGGCCAGUGAGGCCGCCCAGCCCAUGACUUUCAGCGCCGACAAGGCCACAUUCACGGAAGAAAAGGUGUGUUGGGCAUUCUUCCACAACGGCGCUUCGAUGGGUCUCAUGAUCUCGAACGAUGCUAAAGGAAUCGAUACUUCAUGGAUACUGUACAAUAAGCCUCCCGAGUUGACGAACCGCCACGCUGGAUUUUUGCUUGCCCUGGGUCUGAAUGGUCAUCUCAAAACACUGGCCAAAUGGGUUGCUUUCAAGUAUCUCACUCCUAAGCACACUAUGACAUCUGUCGGACUCUUGCUAGGACUCUCAGCCUCUUUUCUCGGAACCAUGGACACACUCAUAACCCGCCUGCUCUCCGUUCACGUUACUCGUCUACUGCCGUCCGGUGCCGCCGAACUCAAUCUGUCCUCAUUGACACAAACCACUGGAAUUAUGGGAAUUGGACUCUUGUAUUAUAAUUCUCAACAUCGUCGUAUGUCCGACGUCAUGCUAUCCGAGAUUGAAAACGAUGAUCCAGAAGAAGGUGUUGCAUUUGACAACGUCAUUCGCGACGAGGGCUACCGACUGGCCGCCGGGUUUUCUCUAGGUCUCAUCAAUCUCGGACAGGGCAAACGUCUUCAUGGUCUUCAUGAUAUGGGCGUUGUCGAACGCCUCCUCACUAUCGCCGUAGGCACGAAGAAUGUGAAUAUGGUUCACGUCCUCGACCGCGCGACUGCGGGGGCUGUGAUGGCCGUAGCUUUCAUUUUUAUGAAAACCAACGACGCGGGGAUUGCGAAGAAAGUCGACAUUCCGGAUACUUUGCAUCAAUUUGACUAUGUACGACCAGAUAUUUUCCUUCUUCGAACCCUGGCUCGGCAUCUGAUCAUGUGGGACUCUAUUCAACCCACUUACGAUUUCAUCCAAAAGUCGCUUCCCGAGCCCUACAGAUCGAGAUUCGAUUUGAAGACUACGAAAUUUCUCAGCACCGAGGACAUGCCAUUCUUCAACAUUGUCGCCGGGAUCUGCUUCGCUAUUGGGCUGAGGUUCGCAGGCUCUCAACGACACGACGUCCGUGAUCUGCUCGUCUCUUACCUGGACCAGUUUCUCCGCCUGAGCCGUUUGCCUGCACAUAACUACGAUUCUCAAGUUACCCUGAACAGUGUGCGCAACUGCCUCGACACCCUUGCCCUAGCUUCAGCGUCCGUUGUGGCCGGUUCGGGUGAUUUACUUGUCAUGCGCCGUCUGCGCGCUCUUCAUGGACGUACUGAUAAAGAUACACCAUUCGGAAGCCACCUCGCGGCCCACAUGGCUCUUGGCGCCUUGUUCCUAGCUGGCGGUACGCGGACCUUCGGAACAUCAAAUCUGGGAAUUGCGAGCCUGUGUAUAGCUUUCUACCCCAUCUUUCCCAGCGACGUCCUCGACAACCGCGGCCAUCUUCAAGCUUUGCGGCAUCUAUGGGUUCUUGCUGCCGAGGGGCGGUGUCUCGUCGCAAGGGACGGUGACGCAGGUGGCUCCGUCUCAGGAGGUAUGACUGGCCGCGUUCAUCUGAAAAACGGUGAGAUGCAGACAAUCCGCUUGCCUGGCCUGAUACCAGAGUUCGACACCAUCAAAUCCAUCGAGGUCAAGGGUGAGGGCUUCUGGGAUGGGCAUCUCGAUUUCGAAGCUGGAGGACAAUCGCUCAGAGAAAGGAUCAAGAGCGAAAAUGCGGUGAAUGUUAUCCUUCGGCGCCGCACCACCUACGAUGAGCCCCCAAGGAAUCUUUUCACGGCGGAAUUGCAGGCCAAAGCUUGGGCGAUGGGAAUCCCUAGCAUUGACCCGAAUGCUGUCCCUUCGUACACUAGCGCUAUUACCACCAGCUCUACAGCCGCAGCUAGUGUCACCACGACCUUUGCGAGAAUGGCAGCUCCGAAUCCAUUCGAAUGGCUUUUCGAACUCGAGCCUCUCAAGGACUUUGACCACGCCGAACGAGCGCUUGUACUAGGUCCGAUACCUAUAGAUGGGAAGGAGCUGAGCAGAACCACAGUCGUGGAUUCACGGCUCGAGUUUGAGAAGGGCGUUCUGCCUUCAGAAAAUCCGGUAGGCCAAAGUGUCGGGGUAGGGAAGGCACAGAUGGAGAAAGACAAACUGUGGCAGUUGAGGUUGUUGUUUGCCUGGUUUGAUCGAUGGGAGAGGGAGGAUGAGGAGUUUGAGCGAAGAAAACGAAUGAUCGAACAACACGAAGGUCCCAGUAGGGACACCAAUGGGGACGAAAAUUCAGAUAAAUGGUUCGCGGAUAGUGGAGGAACUUGGCUGAGAAGAGUGGUGAUUGAGAAGUUGAGAUGGAAGGUAUGGAAUCUGACUACAGGCGCUGCCGAUGAGAAUGACGACACCAGGGACGAUCACGGUAACGAGAUAUUGUGA